AAUGGGAUGAUUUGAAAAGUAAAUUUGUAAACUAAUUUUUCACUUUCUGUAAUUUUAUUGUCGAGCAAACAGAUUCACAUACUUUAAAAAUGUUUUUGUAUAAAUUACAACUUCAGUGCUUUAUUUUACAUGUUGUACUAUCCUAAAAUUGUUAGUUCUUGAAUCACAUCACUGCAUUUCUACAGCACUCUUCUGUUAUCUGUAUAUACGGUAUACAUCUGCAAUAGCAUGUACUGCAAGUUUGAACUCAAAACAACCAUUUUAUCUCUCUAGCAACCUGACAGGUUUUUUCCAUACGGCAACAGUAGCAAGCUUAAUCUGUGUAAAUUACAGAAACAUUACACCCGUAUAAUUUGGACAGAGUAACCAGAGUCUCUGACCCAAUUGAGUGGGACCAAACAGACAGUCCCAAAAAAUCCUCUGAAGACAAACGGCUGUCAUAUAUGUAGCAAACUAUUAUGUGGGAAUUAUUACUUUAUUAAUAUUUGUCUUGUGAACUGUAACUAAAUGAAAGGACUUAAUUUUUCUCUUUAUCCAGGCAGAACAAACUCAGUAUUUGGACACAAAAUACAAAGACCUGCAAAUGUACAAGUGUCAGAACAAGAUCGGGGCAUUAAAACUAUUCAUAUCCCUAAGACCAUAACUGCUGCUCCAUUUUUACAGCACCCAGGCCUGACACCCGGACAGAAGCGUUUUCUGUAUAGUAUCGCAGAGGCCUACAGUAAAGAGCACAUGCGGCAGUUAAUAUGUCAACACUAUAUGAAUGUUUUACACCGCUGUAUCAGGACAGUGCCAGAUGCGAAUGUGAAUCUAAACGUUAAGCUGCAGAUGUCAGCAUGCACCCCACAAGAGGAGCCGAGGACAAAUUCUCAAAGUACAUCUACGAGCAAGAAAAAAGAAAGUGGAAAAAGAUCUUCAACUUCAGAGAAAGUCAAGAAAACAACUUUACCUAAAAUUGUCAAGCAUCAAAGUACAGACUACAAACAGUGCGAUAUACAGGAUUCUUUACAAUCCCGAUAUUACAAACAAGUCAGGUUCAUGUUUUGUGCUAAACAUUAUUCAAACGGACUUAAAUUUCCAGAAUCACAUCCGUGGGAAGAUGACUUUGAAUGGGAGGCGACUGAAAUGGACUCUUAUCUUGCUGGACACAUGAGUGGCCUGUCUUUCAAUGAAUCGGAAGACGACGAUGAGGACUUUCUAAUCCUUAGCUAA